AUGUCUCACUUUGAGAUCUUUCUGAACUCGCUGUCCACUCCAGGCAAACUACGUCCUAGACUGAUAUCCCCCGAUGGUUCCAGUGUUCCUGUUGACCUGGUAACCGAGGGUUCUGACGAAGUCCGGGUGCAGUACAUACCCAGAGAAGUUGGUCGUAGCCCAGUGGUAACCGAGGGUUCUGACGAAGUCCGGGUGCAGUACAUACCCAGAGAAGUUGGGGAUCACACGGUGUGUGUAAAAUGUGGCGCGGUUGAGGCGGGAGGCAGCCCAUUCACGGCCAAGGCAUACGAUGCUCGCGCUAUCAUCGUCUCCGCUCUACAUGACGGAUACGUCAAUCGACCAAUCAGAUUCACAAUUGACGUACGAAAGGCAGGGGAAGGUCAGUUACAGAUAAUGGUUAACAGCGGAAACCUUCCUAACGAAGUGGAGCUGCCCGAAACUGGCGUCUAUGAAAUCAGUUUUAUUCCUGUGGAGCCGGGACGUCACAAAGUUGAAAUCAGCUUCAAUGACGAGAACCUACCAUACUCUCCAAUGACCUGCAAUGUGAUCAACCCGUUGGCCGAGGUUGUCGAGCUGCGAACGCUGCAGCAGGUGGAGCAGGAGACCGAGUUCCUCAUCAAAAUUAGGGUCGCGUACAAGAUGGAUUUGGCCGUUGACUGCAUCAUCAUGUGUAAGUCUUAACAACAGGUUUGACAGGUGUUGUCAAAGGUGAAACAUGUCGUCAUGUGUAAGUCUUAACGACAGGUAUUGUCAGAGGUGAAACAUGUCGUCACGUGUAAGUCUUAACGACAGGUAUUGUCAAAGGUCAAACAUGUUGUCACGUGUAAGUCUUAACGACAGGUAAGACAGGUAUUGUCAAGGUGAAACAUGUCAUCAUGUGUAAGUCUUAACGGCAGGUAUUGUCAGAGGAGAAACAUGUCAUCACGUAUAAGUCUUAACGAUAGGUAUUGUCAAAGGUGAAACAUGUCGUCACGUGCAAGUCUUAAUGGCAGGUAUUGUCAAAGGUCAAACAUGUUGUCACGUGUAAGUCUUAACGACAGGUAUUGUCAAAGGUCAAACAUGUUGUCACGUGUAAGUCUUAACGACAGGUAAGACAGGUAUUGUCAAGGUGAAACAUGUCAUCACGUGUAAGUCUUAAUGGCAGGUAUUGUCAAAGGUGAAACAUGUCAUCACGUGUAAGUCUUAACGACAGGUGUUGUCAAAGGUGAAACAUGUUGUCACAUGUAAGUCUUAACGACAGGUAUGACAGGUAUUGUCAAAGGUGAAACAUGUUGUCAUGUGUAAGUCUUAACGACAGGUAUUGUCAAGGUGAAACAUGUCAUCAUGUGUAAGUCUUAAUGGCAGGUAUUGUCAGAGGAGAAACAUGUCAUCACGUAUAAGUCUUAACAAUAGGUAUUGUCAAAGGUGAAACAUGUCGUCACGUGUAAGUCUUAAUGGCAGGUAUUGUCAAAGGUGAAACGUUGUCACGUGUAAGUCUUAACGACAGGUAUUGUCAAGGUGAAACAUGUCGUCACGUGUAAGUCUUAAUGACAAAAGGAAAUACCUGUAAAACAAUAGGUGAAACGUGAUGACAUGUAAAUCUUAACGAUAGGUUUGACACAUUGGCAAGCCCACAGGUGAAACUGGGGAAAUAUGUGUAAAAAUAUGAUGAAACGUAAGGAAAUACAGGUAAAAUGGGGAAAUAAAGGGAAAUUAUGGGAAAAUACAGACAUAACAUGAGAAAUAAUAAAGCAGAGCAUUGUAAAAUUUAAUCAGAUGUAUAUUUUUGUGUGUGUUACUUUAAUGCAAUUUGUUACUUUAAAAAAUUUUUAUUAUUACUAUUACUUUAAAGAACUUGUACUGGUAAAAAAAUGAAAAUAUUUCUGUUAAGAAGGACAUUUUUGUGUAUUAAUGUAAUGUUCUUUUACUUACAUCAUUUGCAUAAAUUAAAAAUACUUUAAUAUUGAUGUCCAUUUUUAUCAGUUCUACCUGCUAUAAGGGAUACCCUUUGUAAUGACAAGUUCAGACAUUUUACAACUGCCAUACUUUCAAAUGUUUUGGUUUACUCUUUAUGAUUGGAAAAUAUUACAUUUUGUGGUAUGUGCUGUCCUGUUUGUGUGAAAGUACAUAUAAAAGAUGCCUUACUGCUGUUCUUACUGCUGUAUCCUUUGUGAUAACAGUAGGUUUCUUUUCUCUUAAAUGAAGUGUCACAAUUAGACAUGUUAAAUCGAUAGUUUAAAUUGUGCUCAAAUAUUGUCGAACAAGCAUUAUUUUCUUUUCAUAUUUGAACUCUAUAUCAAAACCACCUGCUCACAAAGAAUACUUGUCAUUUAUUAAGGUGACCGUUAUAUUCAGGCUUGACUGUUGUAUGCAGUUCUGUUUAUUAAUUAUUCAGUUGCUCACAUAUAUGAAUUUGUUUUUCUCCCUCCAUUCGGAAAUAAAAUGAUUUUGCUAUAUGGUGUCAUGUUGUUUGUCUGGGUUUUUUUGCUUGUUGGUAUGGUCUUCGUAUGACU